AAGUUAUAAAAAAUGUGUUUUAUCUGUAAAAUUAUCUGUCCACACAAUUAAUAUUAUUAUAGGUUAAACUUUACUUUGGUGGACCUAAAAUUUUUAAGUUUCUUUUACAGAUUUUUCUCGACAAAAUCUACAGGAUUAUGUAAAAGAAACUUAAAAAUUUUAAGUCCGUCAAAGUAAAGUGCAGCCUUAUUAUAUGCUAAGAAGUAUUUCCAAUUUUUCUUUGGGGUGACUAAGGCGCCGAUUUUGUGACCUAUUAGAUACUUUACUGACGUUAAGAACAGUGCGCAUGCGCAUUCAAAAUCGGGUCUUGAAUUUCGGUUUUGUAAGAAUAUUCGAUAAUUAAAAUUCAAUCCCACGGGUACUAGUAAUUUCCUAAUUGCUCGAACAGUGACAUGAAUCGAUAUUUUUUGUUUUAAUGUUCAAUUUUAUCUUUUCUUUUCAUUUCUGUCCCAUAAAACGUUUUUAUUAUGCGCAGUGCGGCUUAUUGUUAACGUCCAGUCACGUGUCAAGAAAUAAAUGACAUCUGUCAGUUCGCGCAGCAUGCAGUUAUACCAAAGUGUAAUGUUUAGUCCGAUGACCGUAUGUACUUGUACUAUAUCUAAAAAGAACAAUACAAUUAUUGGAAAUAGUGCAUUUCACUUCAUGUGAAUAUUGCUGUUGAUCUCAAAUGGAUGAAGUCUUGUUUCGUAACCUGUUUCAUCACCCAAACAUUUUUCUCAAAAUAUGUACAAUUAAACAAUUUUAAGAGUUGAGCAACAAUGACCUUUCUUUGGAGCAUUUGGCCCUUGACUGUGAAGCUUAUUUAUAUUCUGUAAUAUAUUAUUGAAACAUACACAAAUUUCGUAUUACUUGGAACAUCAUUUUCUAAUACCUUAUCAUGGCAUAAUAUAGCAUAAUACAGUAUAAUGCAGCGUAUUACAGAAUAAUACAGAAUAGUACAUGAUAACACAGAAUAAUGUUGAUUACAUUUGAAGACUAUGGCUCGCAAACCCUCCAAGGAACAAUCACACCCUCCUAGCGAAUCUAUACAAAUAAUCAAUUUUCAAGGUCGUAGUGUAGUACACUGUCGAAUUCGAUAUCAGCAACAACCCUACGAUAUCUAAAACAUAUACUGCCAUUUCAAAAUGUCAAGGUGACCUCUACUUUUUUUAUGUAAAAUGCAUUUUUCCAGAUUUCAGAAUAUGAGAACGUGUAGCUCAUUAAAUACCGAUGUACUUUUGUUAAAAACAUUUUUUAAUUGCACUGCCGGAAAUACCUAAAAAAUGAUGUCGAAACAUUUUUGGUAGACCCUGUAUAUGUAUAGAGUUUUUCUAAGAAAAAAAUUCGAUUUUUUGAAACGACCAAAGCGGUAUAACCCCUUAAAUGAAUAUAUGUAACUCCUAAAUGAAACGUGAUGGAGAAUUACGGUUCGUGGCAUUGUCUUUCUGAUGAAUUAUAUUAAAUAAAAACACGUGGCGCCAUGGAUAUCGUAAUCGUGGCGCAGUGUACAUCAGCGCAUAUUGAAUAAAAGCAAGAGAAUCGACAAGAUUAAAGGGAGAGUCAUCGAACGUGGUUGCCUUAUAAUUUAUAGUCACAGUGACCUUGACCUUCCUCGAUGGACGUGCCCCUUUUUCCAGCGCCGCCAAGCCUCAAGGGUGCAAGCUCACCUCUUAGUGAUGUAGUAGAUAUCACAAGGUUGACACGUGUUUCGCUCCCCACGGUUGGCUGUCCUUCGAAACGACAUGUACCAAAAUCGCGACGCACUUCGGGGAUCCACAGGAUACAACGUUGCGCUCGCAAGAAUUUGGUCUGUCCCAACUCGAGGGACCAGAUCCACCAACGUGUCACCGAAUUUCGCAUAACGAUGACAGAACGAGAACGGCACAACGAAGAGGACGACGAUGACGUUGUAUGUGCCAUCGAAUCGACGACGCCAGUUUCAGAAGACAUUCCAACACGACUCGAAACAGUAGUGGAGCCUAAGAAAUUAACAAAAUCAAUAGCCAUUCAAACUAUAGUUGGUUUACCAUUACGGCUGAGAUUUUUGCCAUCCGUCAAAGACAUUUUCGAGGAAAAUGGCUCAGGGAAGAAAUCUACCAAAAUAUGGAAGCAUAUUCGGUUUCUAGGAAGAUUAUCGCUGUCUCUAUUUGGCUUAUCGUGGCUGCUCACCAUUUGGGCUGUUGUUGGAGCAUUCGCCUUUUGCGCAACUGAAGGCCCACGUGAGCGUGAACAAGUUGUAAAAUUAAAGUACAUGCAGAAGAAUUUAGCGGUUGGUUUGGCAACAGAGUUGAGACAGUUGCGCACAGAGCAGAAUGAAGACGUAGAGCCACUUUGGAGCAACAAAGUGCAACAGUACGUAGCAAAGCAUGAAGAAGUUCUGUUGAUGGCUGUUAGUGCUGGAUAUGGAGAAAGUGGAAACGCAGGACAACUUUGGACGUUUCCUGGCUGUAUACUCUUUUCCAUCUCACUUCUUACAACGUUAGGUUUCGGUGCCCCAGUUCCACGCACUACGGCUGGUCGAACAGUAACUAAAUAUGCUAUAUCCAGGAACACUACUGGAUAUGAUAAAACAGAGGCGCACUUGGUGCCAAUGCCUAAGUGGCUUAAAGUAGUGCCUUUCGUUUGGGGAGGCAGUUACUAUCUCCUGGGAAUUCUGUGUUUUGGAGUGGCCAGGUCAAGGCCAAUCGCAGCAAGUGUUCUGUUUCCACUGGAUUUCACCGCAGCUGGUGGACUUUCAACUAUAGUUGGUUAUGUGCGAAUAUUGUACGGAUUUUAUUUAGAAGGCGCAGUCGCUAUCGCGGCUAUCGCUCUUGCUGUCUUGCGUGUGUCUACUACGCAGACCUGGACUGGCAUCGGUUUGAAAUAUAACUUACUGGUCGAAGCUUAAUUAUAUUUUUAGUUUUAAUCUUUUUUGCUUAUAGUAUACGAGAAGUCUAUAUGAGUGAGAGAUAUCAGUUAUCUCUUAUAUAUACGUUCAAUCGAUCAGGUGAUCAUGUAAACACUUAUUAGCAUUCAGCCUGUAUCCUUAAAUAGGAACACUCGCAUAACAAUUAUUAAUAGACUGCGAAUCUUUAUGCAAAAUAAAACCUUUGUAAACGUACCUACAACAAUUGAAUAGAAAUAGGAAUUUAUGUUACUCUGGAAAUAUAACAUGAACUUUACUUUAAAUAUUUUUUUAUAUUAUUGCAUACUGCCUGCAUUUUGUAAUUUAUUGCACAUUCAAAUUUCCUAUAAAUGCAUAAAAAUCCGUAGUCUAAUUAUCAGUAUACAAUGUGUUGUCAAUGAAAACAUUAAAUACUAUCGCUGUGAAAUAAAUUAAUACUACAUUUUUUAAAUUGUAAAGAAAAACUAUGCUCAGAAUUAGAUACUUGAAUUUAAUAUAAUUUAGUUUGAAAUUGAUUUCUUCUGAUGCUAUUUUAUAGAUUAGAUUUUUACCUUCUUAUUUCUAAUAAAUAAGAUAUUUAAGGUAAUCACUAUUUAUUAAUGUAAAGCAAUGAAUUUAAUAGAAUAUUUUGUAUUUAUGUAUAUAAUGUGAAAUUGUAUCGUUACGCUUUGUACUAUAUUUUAGGACUAUGUAUCUGAUAAAAUAAAGUGUCAUAAAUAGAGGUUUUAUAAUUCUUCUUCUAUCUUCUUGAUUUAUUUAAAAUUACAUGAUUUUAUUAAAUUGUUGGUUUUAAUCAAAUUUUUCAUUUCAUAAAAAUUGUUGAUUCUACUGCACCUGUCCUAGAUGCGGAAAGAGAGAUGAAACCUCCCUGCAUGUGAUUACGCGGUGUAAGGAGGUAGAGGACACCAAAGUGGAGAUCCUCGGGGCCCAACACCUGGAGUCUACUAAUUUAGUUGAGUUAUGGAUUGAUAAACUUCUACGCUUUGCGAAUGAGGCCGGCCUUUCCCUAUCUUAUAGGUAACCUCUGGCCGUAUGGACCCGAGUACAAUGGUCCAUUGAGAUUGAGCGUUCGGUCAGACUACCAAAUCACAUACAUACAUUUCAUUAAAAUUCUUCGUUUUAUAAAUUAAAUCACAAUUAUGUAUUAAAUUUAGAGCCCCAAUUAAUUUCAUGAAUGUUUACUUGAAAUUUUGCACAAUUAUUUUUCAAGAAUUGCACUAC